GAUGCGCGCGGGGCGCAGUCUUGGCCCCACGGCCCGGCUCCCGAGGGCGGCCCGCGCGACAGGAACUUUCUCUUCGUGGGAGUCAUGACCGCCCAGAAAUACCUGCAGACCCGCGCCGUGGCCGUGUACAGGACGUGGUCCAAGACGAUCCCCGGGCGGGUGGAGUUCUUCUCGAGCGAGGGCUCCGACACGUCCAUCCCCAUCCCCAUCGUGCCGCUGCGGGGCGUGGACGACUCCUACCCGCCCCAGAAGAAGUCCUUCAUGAUGCUCAAGUACAUGCACGACCACUACCUGGACCAGUACGAGUGGUUCAUGCGGGCGGACGACGACGUGUACAUCAAGGGGGACCGGCUGGAGAGCUUCCUGCGCAGCCUCAACAGCAGCGAGCCCCUGUUCCUGGGCCAGACGGGCCUGGGCACCACGGAGGAGAUGGGCAAGCUGGCCCUGGAGCCCGGGGAGAACUUCUGCAUGGGCGGGCCCGGCGUGAUCAUGAGCCGCGAGGUGCUGCGCCGGAUGGUCCCCCACAUCGGCAAGUGCCUGCGGGAGAUGUACACGACCCACGAGGACGUGGAGGUGGGCCGCUGCGUGCGGAGGUUCGCGGGGGUGCAGUGCGUCUGGUCGUACGAGAUGCAGCAGCUGUUCUACGAGAACUACGAGCAGAACAAGAAGGGCUACAUCCGGGACCUGCACAACAGCAAGAUCCACCGGGCCAUCACGCUGCACCCCAACAAGAGCCCGCCCUACCAGUACCGGCUGCACAGCUACGUGCUGAGCGGCCAGAUCGCCGCGCUGGCACUACACCGGGCGACAGGAGAGGCUCUGUGUGUUGGUGUGGGUCUCUGUGUCCUUUGCAUGGGGAAAAGUGAAGAGAGGAGGAGCUUGGAGAAUCAAUUUGGGACAGGUUUUUGGGUGCAGAGGUAUAAUUCGGGCAGCUUUUUGGACUCAGAUGCAGCCCUUCUUCCAUUUGUAAUCUCGAAUUGCACACAGGCGCAGCGGGAGGCCCUGGACGACAUCGUCAUGCAGGUCAUGGAGAUGAUCAACGCCAACGCCAAGGCGCGGGGCCGGGUCAUCGACUUCAAGGAGAUCCAGUACGGCUACCGCCGCGUCAACCCCAUGUACGGGGCCGAGUACAUCCUGGACCUGCUGCUGCUGUACAAGCGGCACAAGGGCAAGAAGGUGACGGUGCCCGUGCGCCGGCACGCCUACCUGCAGCAGACCUUCAGCAAGAUCCAGUUCGCCGAGCACGAGGAGCUGGACGCCCGGGAGCUGGCCGAGCAGAUCAACCAGGAGUCGGGCUCGCUGUCCUUCCUGUCCAACUCGCUCAAGAGGCUGGUGCCGUUCGGGCUGCCCGGCGCCGGGAAUGAGCGCAAGGAGCCCAAGGAGACGAAGAUCAACGUCCUGAUCCCGCUGUCGGGCCGCUUCGACAUGUUCGCCCGGUUCAUGGGCCACUUCGAGAAGACGUGCCUGGCGCCCAACCAGAACGUCAAGCUGGUGGUGCUGCUCUUCAACUCGGACUCGAACCCGGACAAGGCCAAGCAGGUGGAGCUGAUGCGGGACUACCGGCUCAAGUACCCCAAGGCCGACAUGCAGGUCCUGCCCGUGGCCGGGGAGUUCUCGCGGGCCCUGGCCCUGGAGGUGGGGUCGGCGCAGUUCCGCAACGAGUCGCUGCUCUUCUUCUGCGACGUGGACCUGGUGUUCACGGCCGAGUUCCUGCAGCGGUGCCGGGCCAACACGGUGCUGGGCCAGCAGAUCUACUUCCCCAUCAUCUUCAGCCAGUACGACCCCCGGAUCGUCUACGGCGGCAAGGCCCCCAGCGACAACCACUUCGCCUUCACGCGGAAGACGGGCUUCUGGAGGAACUACGGGUUCGGCAUCACCUGCAUCUACAAGGGGGACCUGGUCCGCGUGGGCGGCUUCGACGUCUCCAUCCAGGGCUGGGGGCUGGAGGACGUGGACCUCUUCAACAAGGUGGUGCAGGCCGGCCUCAAGACGUUCCGCAGCCAGGAGGUCGGCGUGGUCCACGUGCACCACCCGGUCUUCUGCGACCCCAACCUGGACCCCAAGCAGUACAAGAUGUGCCUGGGGUCCAAGGCGUCCACCUACGGGUCCACGCAGCAGCUGGCCGAGAUGUGGCUGGAGAAGAACGAGCCGGGGUACAGCAGGGCCGGCAACACCAACGGCUCGGCCAGGACAGCCUGACGUCCAGCCCCCGCGCUGGGCCCAGACCUUUUUAAUUCUCUAAUUUAUUUUUCUGGAAAUCGUUUGUUUUUAUUUUUAUUUUUAUUUUUUUUGGUACCAACCCCGUUUUGCAAGUUUAUUGCACCAGGAUCUGUUUUACACGUGACCUUUCUUAUACCGAGGACUCCUUGUUUUGACGAUUGAGCUUUUUUUUUUUUUCUUCUGGGAACAAAAAGGUGACGUUUCUGCCUUCGGACACAUGUUUCUCCUCGCCGGACACCCUGUAGCAGAACCCCGCUGUUCUCCGUGACUUGAAAUGUACCUGAUGAAUGAAUGAGACUAUUUUUUU